AUGGAUUCCACAUUCACCCCACCAUUGGCUCCAAAACCCUCGCAACCCAAGCUAUGGCCACGACAAGCAAGAUGGAGGGCACCUGGAACCAAGGCCAUUGAAGAUCCUGAGCAAACAAGAUUGAGGAACUUUGAAAACAGACGGAAGGGAGAUGCAAAACUGAGAGAGGGCUUGCCUGCAGGGCUUGGCUGGAAUGUUGUGCUGCGUAUAAACUCUCUCAGAAAUAUCAAGAAAGCUCUCGAGGAUAAUGGUGAUCCGGAUAAGGAGAUCUCUAACAUCCUAGCUAUAAUUGAGGCGUAUAUAGAUGGAUCGCUGAGCUGGAUUCCUGGUAAAGUUACCUAUUGGGGGCUGGGAGAGCGUCUUGCUCCAGCGAAAGACUUCACCUGGGAAGAAUGUGAAAAAGCUGGGCAGAAUUACUCAGUCAGUCAAGGCUUCUGGGUAGAAGGUUUAAACAUUGCAAUAAUUCCCCCCGGUGGCGGUAUUCCGCUUAAACUUGAUUUUAUAGACGAUACUGGAGCCGAUACUCUGUCGAUAUUUGAAGGUGAUUUAGACCAAAUGCUUCAUCUGAAUCCGCGCUGUAGUACCACAACGCUUGGAUGGGCCGAGUGCUCAACAGUCAGUCAUACAGUACGGUGGCGAGUAGUUGAGCUGACUUUAGCUUUAACCGACCCCAAUACUGAAGAUGGCUACUUAAUGCCAUUUAUCAACGUGAUCGCCACUGUGCAAGCAGGCAGCGGUCGACCUAGCUUAAGGCUAAGUGGCAGGGUGGUGAGAGAUGUGCUUUUCAGUGCUACCUCUCCCAAUGGAAACAGAGAACUGUAUCUCACUUCAAAAAAGUCCGAUCUCACAAAUGUUCCUGACACAACCUUACCAAUCACACAUAGGUGGAGGCAAGAUCGAGGUCCUCAGUUACGAAUUGAGGAAAACCCUCCACCUGGUGCAAAUCUAGGUGGUACAGGUACGGGUCAGGGUGGUCGUGGUGGUCGUCCUAUUGCUCGUGACCGUGGCCGUGGACGUGACCGUGGUGGUACUGGUGAUACUGGUGCAGAUGCUUCUGGUGGUUGUCGUCGGCGUAUUGUCUUCUGGUGA